AAAUGGCAACCUUAGAUAGCAAGCACAGUUCAGAUCUGCUUAUCGCUACCACACAAACCAAUGAUAGGUUGAUUUGGGACGGAAUAUGGAUUAAUUUUAUAUCCUGUGUGACCGAGACUUAUACGGGAUCCGUCGAGAAGUUGUAUUUAAGUUCGUUUCGAAAUCGUAUUGGUGCCCUUCUAAAAUCAUUACGCACCACCGCUUCUGUUUGCAGUUCAUGCCAUUGAUGAGAAGAAACGAACCGUCGGGAUUCAAAAUUCAAACUCAUAUCUGUUAUCAUUCGAGGAUAUUUAUAUGAGAGAAAGAAUCAAGCUGGGCAUUUUUAAUUCAUUUUUGGGCUUUGUUUAUCAGAAGAUCUUCUUGGAAACAACAAUGGAUUUUAGCUUUUCGAAAGCCCAAAUUCUGCAACCACCUGGAACUUUCUUUUCCUUUCCAUCCAAACAGCGACAAAAUGAAUCAUAUCAGACCCAACGUUUUCAGAGCAUUCUCGAUUCUGUCCACGUGUCACCACCCAACCCCCAAGCUUGCACCACUCACUGUCAGACUUCGCUCUCGUUUCUUCUAAUGACACUCCUUAUAUUUUCUCUAGCUCAGCUUAAGGCCUUCGAUUUGCCUUCUUCACAAAGAAUUUUGGAUGUUUUUCUUUGUUUCUCAGUUUCUCAAUAUAAAAAAACCCUUCUUUAUCCACUUUCAAUUAUAAUUGUUGAUAUCUUUUAUUACGUACGCUUGCAAAAAUGGCGUCUUCGACUGCCCAAAUCCAUGUCCUUGGAGGUAUGGGUUUCGAUUCUUCGAGAAAACCCAACCAACAUUCAUCCAGAACGGUUUUCUUCGGGCAGAGACUGGGGAAAACAUCGCCGUUAAACGCCACCUUCUUACGACUCGCUAAAACCAAAAACAGCAACGGUAAAGGGUACAAUGUUGGGCCGAUGAGAGUUGUAAACGAGAAAGUGGUGGGAAUCGAUCUCGGGACAACUAACUCCGCCGUGGCGGCCAUGGAAGGGGGGAAACCCACCAUAGUUACCAAUGCGGAAGGGCAAAGAACGACGCCGUCGGUGGUGGCGUAUACAAAGAGUGGAGAUAGGUUGGUUGGGCAGAUAGCGAAACGACAAGCCGUGGUGAACCCUGAAAAUACGUUUUUCUCAGUGAAGAGGUUUAUUGGAAGGAAGAUGUCGGAAGUAGACGAAGAAGCCAAACAAGUUUCUUACAAGGUUAUCAGAGAUGAAAAUGGAAAUGUUAAGCUUGAGUGUCCUGCCAUUAGUAAACAAUUCGCCGCCGAGGAAAUUUCAGCUCAGGUAUUGAGAAAGCUUGUUGAUGAUGCCUCGAAGUUUUUGAGCGAAAGUGUGACCAAAGCUGUUGUUACUGUCCCUGCUUACUUCAAUGAUUCCCAAAGGACAGCAACAAAGGACGCAGGCCGAAUUGCUGGGUUAGAAGUGCUCCGGAUUAUCAAUGAACCUACUGCUGCCUCUUUGGCAUAUGGGUUUGAGAAAAAGAACAAUGAAACCAUCCUUGUUUUUGAUCUUGGAGGUGGUACUUUUGAUGUGUCAGUGCUUGAGGUUGGUGAUGGAGUGUUUGAGGUGCUCUCUACAUCUGGAGACACACAUUUGGGUGGUGAUGACUUUGAUAAGAGAAUUGUUGAUUGGCUUGCCGAAAACUUUAAGAGAGAUGAAGGGAUAGAUCUUUUGAAAGACAAACAAGCUCUUCAGCGGUUAACUGAAGCAGCUGAGAAAGCUAAAAUGGAGUUAUCAACUUUGACUCAGACAAAUAUAAGCUUGCCUUUCAUUACUGCCACUGCAGAUGGGCCUAAACACAUCGAGACCACACUUACCAGGGUUAAGUUUGAGGAAUUGUGCUCAGACUUACUUGACAGGCUCAAGAAACCAGUAGAGAACGCCCUGGGGGACGCAAAACUUUCCUUUAAAGACAUAGAUGAGGUGAUUCUUGUUGGUGGUUCAACACGAAUCCCGGCUGUUCAGGAACUUGUAAGGAAGAUGACUGGCAAGGAACCUAAUGUGACAGUCAAUCCAGAUGAAGUUGUCGCAUUGGGGGCUGCAGUUCAGGCUGGUGUUUUAGCUGGAGAUGUCAGUGAUAUUGUGCUUUUGGAUGUGACACCAUUGUCACUUGGUCUAGAAACUCUUGGUGGUGUUAUGACCAAAAUUAUACCAAGAAACACUACACUGCCAACCUCCAAAUCAGAAGUGUUCUCAACCGCUGCUGAUGGUCAGACAAGUGUUGAGAUUAAUGUACUUCAAGGUGAAAGAGAGUUUGUUAGGGAUAACAAAUCUCUGGGCAGCUUCCGGCUUGAUGGGAUCCCACCAGCACCACGUGGAGUUCCGCAGAUUGAAGUCAAAUUCGACAUUGAUGCCAAUGGUAUCCUUUCCGUCACUGCUGUUGAUAAGGGAACUGGGAAGAAGCAGGACAUCACUAUUACUGGUGCCAGUACCUUGCCCGGUGAUGAGGUUGAUAGAAUGGUAAAGGAAGCUGAGAGGUUUGCACAGGAGGAUAAGGAGAAAAGAGAUGCUAUAGACACGAAGAACCAGGCAGAUUCUGUUGUAUACCAGACAGAGAAGCAGCUGAAAGAACUUGGAGACAAGGUACCCGGCCCAGUCAAAGAGAAAGUGGAUGCAAAACUGCAAGAGCUCAAGGAUGCCAUUUCUGGGGGCUCGACACAAGGUAUGAAGGAUGCCAUGGCUGCCCUCAACCAAGAAGUAAUGCAGCUUGGCCAGUCACUCUACAACCAACCCAGUGCUGGCAGUGCUGCUGGCCCUGCACCUGGUGGCGAAACUGGACGUUCAGAUUCAUCAAACAAGGGGUCAGAUGAGGAUGUAAUUGAUGCAGAUUUCACUGACAGCAAGUGAAAAUGGGUUUCAACCAUGAAUGAGAGGACUCAUUUCGAGUUCCGAUAUGGAGGUUGGGGAUUGAAUUUUGUAUCAGUUUUGUUCCAUGCUAGUGAAAGAAAAGUAGAAAAACCAAUAGGAUUGUAGAGGAUGGAAUACCAUAUAUAGAAUGCCCAAUAGUAAAUUUGUUCAGUAAGAUGGAUAUCUUGAAUUCACACUUGUAUAUAACGAAUGAAUGUUAAUGGAUCUUGUAUCGAGCACUGCCUUCUCUGUAUAA